UCUCUCUCUCUCUCAGUGUCUCUCUUUCUUUCUCUCUUAUAGCCUAACUAUUCAUAUCAUUCAAUAUAUCGUUUGAGUGGAGGAUUUUGUGGAGGAGAAACAAAAAGCAAUCUAUUUGUUUUCUUAUAUAAGAUUGGGUUUCUUAGAAAGUUAACAAAAAACAAAGAAAAAAGAAGAGAGGGAGAGAGAGGGAAGAAAAGAAAAAAAGAAAAAGAAAAAAGAUAUGAGCUUGAGUUCUUAAGGUGAUCAUUGAAGAAAAUAAAAAUUUGGGUUCUGUUUGGAUUGUAAAGUUUUAUUUUUGAAAUGGUUUUGAUGUGUGAGAUUGUGUUUGAGGAAGAAAAGGUUGAAGAAGGAGAGUGGGAAAAAGAGAGAUAACAAACAUACAAAGCCAGCCAGAGUAGCAGAAGUAAAGAGACAGAGAGACAAAAAAGGAAAAAAGAAUUUCUGGGGGUUCAUUUUGAUCUGCUUCUGCUGGGUUAUUGGCAAUGUCUACAACUAUAAUCAGCGAUCCAAUGGUUCUUUCAACCCCAGAAACACAAACAGCAGCAGCUACAAAACUCAUUUCCCAACUUGAAGUAGAAUUCGUCAUAUGUGACUGCUGUGGACUAACCGAGGAGUGCACGCCGGCCUACAUAGCACACGUCCGGGAGCGUUACUAUGGAAAAUGGAUAUGUGGCCUAUGCGGCGAGGCCAUAAAAGACGAGAUCAUAAGGUCUGAAAGGCUACUUAGCACUGAAGAAGCAAUGAAUAAGCACAUCAACUUUUGUAAAAAAUUUAAGCCCUCUGAUCCGCCUCCAGAUCCUACUCUGCAUUUGAUUGCAGCCAUGAGACAGAUUCUAAGGCGCAGUUUGGAUUCGCCGAGGGCAAUGAGGUCUACGCCGAGUAGUCCGUUGAACAGUGACCGGGAAAUUCAUAGUUCAGGGCUUACUAGGUCUGAGAGUUGUUUUCCUAGUCUGUCUAGUCCAUGAAGGUAUGAGAUGGAAUAGGAACAGAACAGAGGUGAACAUGGGAAAUACACAUUUCAUUUGCUGCAAAAUAAAAAAAACCCAAAAAGACAAGAAAAAAAAUGGUCAAAUGAUUAUUGUAGUUAGCUUGUUCUCAUCAAGUAUAGAGCUUUCUCUGUUGUUAAAAAUCUCUUUCUUUCAAUUUUCAUUUCAAGUACAUAUAUAUUACUUUUUCUUCUCUAA